GGGGCGGGGCCAAGCGUUGGCGGGAGGAGCCCGUGAGCGCGAGGCGUGCUCCCCUGAGGCGAGGCCCCCGCUGCCAUGAAGCUGCUGCGGCUGCUGUGCCGCCACAAGACGGCGCUGGGCCUGGGCGGCCUGUCGCUCUUCGCCGUGGUGCUGCUGUACCUGGCCAAGUGCACCUCGGAGAGCCUGCGGCCCCUGCCCGCCCGGGGGCUGCCGCACCACCAGCCGGCGCCCCGCGGCGGGGCGGCCGCAGGCGUGGCGGGGCCCCCGGCGCCGGGCCCGGAGGCGUCGGCCUUCCUCGCCGUGCUCAUCGCCAGCGGCCCCAAGUACACGGAGCGCCGCAGCAUCAUCCGCAGCACGUGGCUGUCGACGGCGGGCCGCCCGCCCCACGAGGACGUGUGGUGCCGCUUCGUGGUGGGCACGGGCGGCCUGGGCGGCGACGAGCUGCGCGGCCUGGAGCUGGAGCAGAGCCGCCACCGCGACCUGCUGCUGCUGCCCGAGCUGCGCGAUUCCUACGAGAACCUGACGGCCAAGAUCCUGGCCAUGUACGUGUGGCUCGACCUGCACCUGGACUUCCGCUUCGUCCUCAAGGCCGACGACGACACCUUCGUGCGCCUGGACGUGCUGGUGGACGAGCUGAGGGCCAAGGAGCCGCGGCGCCUCUACUGGGGCUUCUUUUCCGGGCGCGGCCGGGUCAAGUCCGGUGGCAAGUGGAAGGAGAGCGCGUGGGUCCUCUGUGACUAUUACCUGCCUUACGCCCUGGGGGGCGGCUACGUGCUCUCCGCAGACCUGGUGCGCUACCUGCGCCUCAGCCGCGAGUAUCUGAACCUGUGGCAGAGCGAGGACGUCUCCCUCGGCGCCUGGCUGGCCCCCGUGGAGGUGAAGAGGGUGCACGACCCUCGUUUCGACACCGAGUACAAGUCGCGCGGCUGCAACAAUAAGUACGUGGUCACCCACAAGCAGAGCAUCGAGGACAUGCUCGAGAAGCACCAGACACUGGCCAAAGAAGGGAAGCUUUGCAAGGAGGAGGUUAAGCUGAGGCUUUCCUACAUGUAUGACUGGGGGGUCCCUCCUUCGCAGUGUUGCCAGAGGAAAGACGGCAUCCCUUGAAUGUUUUGGGAGAAGGGCAGACUCUGAGCUGGUUCUCCGUUACAGGGCCCGCUGGAAGUUGGGCUUGAAAAGUAUUCAGUUUGCACAAAUUGUAUGUGGAGACCGUGUGCACGGACCAACAUAACCCUGAAAUUUUUAAGAAAUACAAAAAUCCAGAAAUGGGGGGGAUGGGAAAGGGUGAUAGGAUGGAAACCGAAUGCGAAGAACAUGUCGUGGGGAUAACUUGAAUGCAGGGCAGCUUGAAAGACCUUUGACUGACUCCAACAUUUGUUUGCUGGAGAACACCUCAGGCCUUCACAUCAUCCGCAAGAUUUGAAACCAAUGCCUGCUAUUCAUUCUUUGCAGGGAACAGGCGUCAUCUGGCCAAGCUUGUUGGCAACGUUUAAAGACUGAUAAUGGGAUCACAGAUCGGAUCAGUGGGAACAGCUGGCUGAUAGAGGCAUGGCAUUUAAGAAUAGGAAAAUGUGUCAGGUUUUGCAGUGUUUACGUUGGCAUUGGGGGUUGCCUAAUGUUUGGACAGGGCUCUUAUCUGCAAGAUCUGAAUUGUUAGAAGACUGGCAACUUCUCUCUGAAUUUAAUCCUUUAAACCAUUUUUUUUUAAAACAUGAUGAUGUACUUACUGUGUGACCUGAACUAUGUGGCAGCUACAAAAUAGAUCUGUGUUUGGAAGGGAGUAUGUAUUAUGCCAUUUUGCAUAUAUACUAGGGUACAUUAUCAAUCUUAUUUUGGAGGCUAACACUCGGUUACUAGGAUUAAAUGCUGCUCUUAUUAUAUUCUCCAAGCGCAUUGUAUGAACUAGUUUUAACUACCUUUUUUUUUUUUUUUUUUUUUACAAGAAAAAACCCAUUGAUGAGUACGGUCUUGCAAGGGUUAACCAGAUUCGAAUCUCAGUGUCUCAAAUGGGAAGUACAAAACCACCAGGCUAUUUGGACUAACUUUAAAUAUAAUUCUGCAAAAAAAUAAGUAGAUCCAAUGUUGGUUAUUCACAUGGUAUCUCACGGGGAUAUAUUUUUACCUUUCUCUCUAGUCCUGUCUACGCUACAAUUGAAUUUAUUGCUGACAAGGGUCCAGUGUUGAAAAUUAAUUUCUCCACCAGUAUAGAUGGGAUGUUUCUGCACAUUGAUGGAGCUCAUUAUUCAUAGGGGUAAUUCCAGCACGUAUGACCUUUUUUUUUCUGUACAUUUUUUAGCUGUGCGAGUAAUCCGGACGUUCUGUAAUGGUUCUGAAAAUGUUACUAUCAGUGCACACAAUUACACCAUUUGCAGCACUAGCUCUGAGGGGCUUCUCUUUAAGAGCCUUUGUCAGCAACACAUCUCUUUCCUAGUAUAGACAGAGCUUUAAUGUUUAUGCCUGAAGGGCAUGUUCUCAGUGUCUGUCUCACUGUUCAUUGCACGCUGCACUUUCAUGCUACUUCUUUCAUUUCCUUCUCUCCCUGGACCAGGGUCUAUCUGUCUCUCUCACUCACCAGUGGAGGGAGACAUUAAACUUCAUAAAAUAGGAGCUCAUUCUAACCUCUUAAUAUCUUUGCUUUUUAGGCCUGUGAUUUAGUCAUUUAUACCAAAGGAGUCAAAAGUAUUUAUAAAUAAAAUCCUCUUUUUUAGUUUUGAGUAGCUUCCUAUGGAGGAUUAAGGAAAAGGACCUACUUAUUUACUUUGGGUAUUUCAACAGUGCAUUCUUAACUUUCCCAUUAAAAGAUAAAUGAAUGAAGGCACUAAAAAUGUAAUUUAUUUUAGCUUUUGCAUGGUGACUUUGUCACACUGAUGUAGACAUGACCUUCGGUGGAAUAGAUUCCUGCAAAACGAAGUUUAAUCUGGUUGCAAGAAGUGUAAUUGGUUUCUAUACUACUUAAGUCUUUAUUUGCUCUUUGAGGUAAAUCAUUAUUGUACAGACAGUGUUUGUAAUUGUGAUUUAUUUAUUUAUAAAUAUUGUAAAUGUACUAUGUAUAGUAAAAAUGUAAGAUAGUUAAGUGUCAUCUUAUAUUUAAAAUUAUUUAAGGAAGGUCAACAAAUAACUUAUCAAGUGCUUGAAAUUUACUGAUAUAUACAGUUCAUUAUUUAAAAUGAUCAGGGUCUGAGUUGUAGACCCAAAAUGUACCGCAUGUCUCUCUCAAGCUAGUAACAAUGUACUAAUCGCCCAUUUGUCGCAAUAUCAAUUUUUAUGUACGUCUUUUGCAUUGUUGUUUCCCUCUCUCAUUUCAUUGUUUUCAUGGGGUGAUGAGAAUUUGAGCCACACAGGAGUAAAAAAUAAUUAUCAAAUCUCAUAUAAGAUUUAGCCAGCAGAACAGACAUAUACACACUGCUGUUUAAACAGAUUUUUUUUUUUCCUUCUAUAGAACACAGGGUCCAGCCACGUACUUGAAAUUGAAAUAAAGUGCUCAAUCCUGCAAAGCAUUUACCAUAAAAGUCCCCCAGUGAGAGAUUUUGCACGUCUAAACUUAUGCUUAAGUGCUGUGCAAGCUCACGUGAUCACUAUAUUUGAAAUGUGGGUCUUUAUUCUAACAUCAGUGUUCAGUGAUUUCGCUUUCACAGGUUCCUUUUAGCCUGGAAUAUUACCCAUGUGAUCCUGAGCUCAAAAAUGAAUUCUUUUUGAGGGUUUGACCUUUUUUUGGUGGUGUUCCAGAUUAUGUGGGAAGGGAGGGGAGGAGGAAGAAUCUUCUUGGUUUUGACCAGAAAAUCUGUACUUGGAAAAACUUCAAGUGCCUAAAGCUAUCACCCUUCUCUCCCCACCCCACCCCACCCCCCAUGACACCAACCCUCAGACUUUGUUUUACUUUAUAUACUUCAUUAAGGUCUAACACUGUUACAUCUGUCCUUUUGUACAUGGGAUACUGCAUGUAGUGAAACGGGAAGUUUUCAAGACUUGCAGUCCAAAAUUUCAGUUCAGGGAGUUUAAGCCUUUUGAAGUGCUCCUGUCCUGUUGAGUCACUGGGGCAGAGGGCCUGCAGAGUUCAGCAAAGAGAACUGCUGACCAUCAUGAACCUGUUAUCCUACUAUAAUAAAGUAUUCCACUAAAACUUUGUUCACGUUUAAUUGUAGACAUAUGCCUUCAGAAGAGCAUCUAAGCGGAAAAACCUUGAACAGCAUGCCUACUGAAAAUUGUAACCCAGAGUAAAAGAAAGUCUGCUUCUGUGUACUGUAUAAGCAUCGAUGGCCACACAAAAAUGCAAUGCGUUACAAAGAUUUCUUUACUUAGGCAUUUGCAGGACAUUGACUGCCACUUGAAAACCCAGGCCUAGUGAAGUCACUGGCAGAAGUUUGACUGCAGCAGAGCCAGUAUCUUAGCUGAGCACAUAAGCAGUAAUUGUGAUAAGUAAAACAUCUCUGUGAAUCCUUGGAGAAACUUUAUUGAAGUGGGUGGAAGUUUUGCCACUGACUUCAAUGGGAGAAAAUUCAGGAACAUGGUUUAUAUAAAGAGGUUUUGGGUUUUUUUCUAAUCUGAAUUUUGAUAGUGUUAAAGUGAUGUAGUUGUGAUGGUCCAGGAAAUAAAUGAGAGGCAAGAAUUUUUGUGGGAGAUACCUUUUAUUGGACAGCUGUAUGGUGGGUGGACUUAGACAGGGUUUCAGGUCUCACAGUAUCCUUCCUCAAAUAAGUCUAUUCGUACCGUGCAGUUGGUUCAGUAAAAUAAUGAAACAUUCUUUCCUCUCACUGCUUUCAUUCACAUAAUGUAAAGACCGUUUUGAUUCCAUAACAGUAAUUUUAAAUGCUAUUCCUGCUGACCGAUAAGGUUGCUCCUCGCUCGGAAAUGGGAGUCUGACCUUUAUAACCAAUACUACUAUGGUGUUGCUGUAAACAUGCCAGGACUCAUCCUUGGAAGAAUAAAGGAAGAUGAUUUACAUCAGCUGACAAAUACUGGUUGAUAUGGGCUGCUGGGCAGGGAACAGUUUGAAGCAUUAUAUUAAUUUAAUUAAAUGUGAUACUUCUGUUCUUUGGAGGAUGAUAGUAAAACUGUACUUUCUACAAAAUGUUAUGGCUAUUUUUAACCUGCGAUUAAUGACUGAAUUAUUUCUGUUUUAAUUUUUCAAAUUGGGCAUUUAAACUGUCUCGGCCACAUAUGAGAAGUUGCAAGUUCAUGAAACGUGAUACUAUUUAAAGCAGACACUGAAAUAUUUCAGUGCACCUAUUGAAUUACUCUUAAUGUUUUCUGUGAUGUAAAUUCAAAAAGAAACGUUUGAAUAUUGCUUUCUUGUGAAUGCUUUCUAAACUGAUAUACAGAAUGUCUUGUUCUUGUUUUGUGUGCAAAAACCAUAGCUAACCAAGUCUUACUAAUUUUGAAACUAAAUAUUUAAUUGUUUCAAUUAAAAAUUAAAAAAAAAAUACUUUCCUUUCAGUAAGACUUGCAGGUAGUUUAGAUAAAUACGUAACUGGCUUUUAAACACUCUUCUUGGAAUUUUAAGCAUUUUAUUUUCUUGCUACCUUACCUUGCAUAUACAAAGAUUGCUGAAAUACAGCUUUAAAUUGUGCAAAUAAUGAAGAUAUUGUGUCUGCCUCUGUUUUAUUUUGAGGCUUUGAACUACAGAAGGAACCAUUUCACUGCUCAGCUGUGUUAGUGUUAAUAUUGUGAAAAUUCUAUAUUCUGUUUUGCCUUUUUUGUAAUAUAAUUUUUUUUAAAAUGAUGGUUUUUGGAAGUGAUACAGCUUUGCACUUCUAAUAUCUUACCAACUCCAGCAUCAGCAUUAAAGUAUGCUCACCAUGUUGCUAUAUAUUGGGCAUAAGUUGUCAAAGCAUGCAUACAAAUCAAAAUUCAGUUAGGACACACUCCCUUUAGUACUCCUGCAGCUGGUGGUACACGAACCUCAAUUAAACAUGAAAUAUCUUGGAACUGAUUUAUUUUGGGUAUACUAUUUUUCCAAUUAAGGUUUGCCUUCUAAGAAAGACCACCCUCAGUUUUUAGCCAAUAUCCAGGAAAUUGUGGAAAUAGAUUCAUUUCUUAAUGACUGGACCUCCUUGAAGCUGCAAGUUGCCAGGUAACAAGCUGCAAGUUGCCAGAUAACGAGCAUGCCUUCAGAAACAAAAAAGCAGUGGAUAGGGAAUCAUGCCCAAUAUGUUCUAAACAAGUGAAUGAGUUUGCAUAUUUGGAGCUACUUUGCUUUGCCAGAUGGGGUCACAGUUGCUCAUUCCUUCAGCCUUCAUGUAGUAGAGAAGAAUGGUUAGAUGUCUAAAGGUACUUGUGAUGAGAACCAUCGUGUGUACUGUACUUAUUGGUACCUAUCUCCUUGGGUGUUUGCCUUCAGUGGCCAACACGUCUGUAUUCUGUGACUUUUAUUAAAAUGACUGUUCUUGGAGAA